AUGGCUACUCUUGAAGAGGAGAAAAGCCAGACCUGGCAGUUGGUGGCGACUCUCAUCCUCGCGAUAGUGAUAUACGAUCAGAUCAGGUACCUCUAUCGCAAAGGGUCUAUUGCUGGGCCCCGGUUCAAGAUUCCCCUGGUCGGUCCAUUCCUCCAGGCUCUGCAUCCACGCUUCGAAGCGUAUCUGGCACAGUGGGCGAGUGGGCCUCUCAGCUGUGUAUCCGUCUUUCACAAGUUUAUUGUUCUCGCCUCCGACCGAGACCUGGCGCAUAAAGUGUUCAAAUCGCCAGGCUACGCAGAACCAUGUAUUGUGCCCCUGGCCAAGGACCUGCUGGGCCAUAAAGCAUGGGUUUUCCUGCAGGGCCGCGCCCACGCCGAGUACCGCCGCGGACUGACGCCGCUGUUCACCAACAGGGCAAUGGCCAGCUAUCUGCCGGCCCAGGAGCAGGUCGUGGGCGAGUACUGCAAGAAGCUGGUCGCCGCCAGCGCCGCCAACGACGGCCAGCCGCGGGAGUUCAUGACUCUGUUCCGGGAGCUCAACUGCGCCCUCUCGUGCCGCACGUUCUUCGGCGACUAUAUCUCGCAGGAUGCGGUGCAGCGCAUUGCCGACGACUUCUACCUCGUCACCGCCGCGCUGGAGCUGGUCAACAUGCCCUUUUCGCUGUACAUCCCCUACACCAAGCCAUGGCGCGGCAAGAAGAUCGCCGACGCCGUCCACGCCGAGUUUGCCCAGUGCGCCGCGGCGUGCAAGGCCAACCUGGCGGCCGGAGGGACCCCGUCGUGCAUCGUCGACCACUGGGUGCUGCAUAUGAUGGAGUCGGAACGAUACCGGGCCCGGGUGGCGGCGGGGGAGACCGAGGCAGAGAAACCAAGCAACCUGAUCCGGAUGUUCAGCGACGAGGAGAUCGGCGAGACGCUCUUCACCUUCCUGUUUGCCUCGCAGGACGCCUCCAGCAGCGCGACCACCUGGCUGUUCCAGAUCCUGGCGCAGCGACCCGACGUGCUCGACCGGGUGCGCGCGGAGAACCUGGCGGCGCGCGCAGGGGACCGCAGCAAACCGUUUGAUCUGCCCAUGCUGGAGGCCCUGCCCUAUACCAACGCCGUGAUCAAGGAGCUCCUCCGGCACCGCCCGCCCGUCAUCUUCGUGCCCUACCAGACCACCAAGCCCUUCCCGCUGACCGCCGACUACACCGUCCCCCGCGGGGCGAUGGUCAUUCCCUCGUGCUACCCUGCCCUGCACGAUCCGGCGGUGUAUCCCGACCCCGACGUGUUCGACCCUGACCGCUGGCUGUCGGGCGAUGCCGAGGCCCAGACGCGCAACUGGCUGGUGUUUGGGGCCGGCCCGCACGACUGUCUGGCGCGCCGGUACGUGCCUCUCUCCAUGGCGGGCAUGAUUGGUAAAGUCGCCCUCGAGCUCGACUGGACGCACCAUGAAACCCCGACGUCGGAGGAGAUUCGAGUCUUUGCCACCUUAUUCCCGAUGGAUGGCUGCCAGUUGGUUUUUACAACCCGUAGAUAG